AUGAGGCUCGACCCCGCUGUUAUUGAGCUUCUACAGCUAGAUGCGCCGAACACAACCGUAACCCGCACGGGUGGUGGCUGCAGCAGCGCGUCCGCCGCCAAAAUCACGACGACACUGGCGGACGGCAAUGAAAAGCGCUUCUUCCUGAAAACAGCAACGGGGGCCACAGGGAGGGUGAUGGUUCAAGGUGAAGAUGCCUCCCUAAAAGCCAUCCACGCCAUCGUGCCAACCCUCUGCCCCCAAUCUUUCGGCUGGGGCACCCUCACCUCCUCCCCUUCAACCUACUUCAUAGUAGCCGAUUUCCUCGAACCCUCCCGCCCCAAACCAAACCACGAUCCAUCCCCUUUCCAGCAACUCCCCCACAAGUCCCUCGCGCAAAAGCUAGCGGAACUACACACAACCCCGGCCCCAAUCCCGGAAGGUUACUCAACGCCCCAAUUCGGAUUCCCCGUCACGACCUGCUGCGGCGACACGCCGCAGGACAACUCAUACAAGUCAUCCUGGGCCGAAUUCUUCGCGGAGAACAGGUUAAAGUUUAUCCUCCAGCGCGCUGAGCGUAGUAAUGGUGCGGACGGCGAAUUGCGGCAGUUGGUGGAAGCGACUGCGUCCCGCGUUGUGCUGCGGUUGUUAGGCGAUGGGCAUUUGAAUGGUGGGAAGGGCGUGACGCCCGUGGUUGUGCAUGGGGAUUUGUGGUCUGGGAAUUCGGGGCGGGGUAGUCUGGGUGGGCGAGAGGUUGAGGAGGUGAUAUUUGAUCCAUCUGCGUUUUAUGGACAGAGUGAGUAUGAAUUGGGGAUUAUGAAGAUGUUCGGGGGGUUCGGGGGUGGGUUUUUAGAGGAUUAUCACCGGCUUGUUCCAAAGCUGGAGCCGGUGGCGGAGUAUGAGGAUCGGGUUAGUUUGUAUGAGUUGUAUCAUUAUCUUAAUCAUUAUGCGUUGUUUGGUGGGUCGUAUAGAUCAAAGGCUGUAGGGAUUAUGAAGAAGCUGGCACAGAAGUACAGGUCCUGA